CCAUUCUCAAUUUUAUUUUUUGCAAAGAAUAUAUUUUGCAAAUAAGCUCGAAAAUCUGUCUGUUCACCUCGUCGUCAAUGAAGCAGUUGAAUAUAAUCGUACCAUUUCUUCUGCUGCUCUACCUCUUCGGUACCACAGCGGCCACGAACAAUGAUUAUAAUGUGCCACAGAUGAUAAGAAAAGCGGGUUAUCCCGCGGAGACUCACGUUAUACAGACGGAGGAUGGUUAUCUCUUAACACUUCAUCGUAUCCCAGGUAACAAGGAUCAACCACCCGUGUUGUUGCAGCAUUGUUUGUUGUGCAGCUCCGCUGCCUGGAUCAUUGCCGGCAAGGAUAAAGGACUUGCUUUCAUAUUGGCCGAUCAAGGAUACGACGUUUGGCUAGGCAAUUUUCGUGGAAAUGUCUAUUCGAGGGCGCAUGUUUCCUUAUCUCCAUCGGAUUCAAAGUUUUGGAACUUCAGCUUUCACGAAAUGGGCAUUUACGAUUUACCCGCGACGAUCUCGUAUAUCACGAAUACGACAUCGCAACCAUUGUAUACGUACGUUGGUCAUUCGCUGGGUACGGCUGCGUCUUACGUGAUGGCAGCGGAACGUCCGGAUAUUGCUCAAAUGGUGCGAACAAUAAUUAGUUUCGCGCCUUCAGCUUUUCUGAAAAAUGCAAAAAGUCCAAUACGAUUAAUCGCUCCUUUUGCGAACGAGAUUCAGAAAACAGCGCACUUCUUCGGCCAGGACGAAUUACUACCGCAGAAUGAUGCAAUGGAAUUCUUUGCGAAAAUCGGCUGCACAACACUUCGCUUUAAGGAAAAGAUCUGCGCCAAUAUAAUAUUUUUGUUUGUAGGAUUCGACGAAGAACAAUUCGACUACGAUUUGUUACCUACGAUUCUGAGUCACUUUCCGGCUGGCAGCUCGACCAAAACGCUAGUGCACUGGUUGCAGGAAAACCAUUCGGGUAAAUUUUGCCAAUUCGAUUACGGGCCCGAAAAGAAUCAGCUAAUCUACAAUGCAACGGAACCGCCGGAAUACAAUUUAGCGAACAUCAACGUGCCGAUUGGGUUAUUCUACGCCGAUAACGAUUGGUUGGCCGAUAGUCGG